GAGGGCGGAGCUCCUUGGCUGCGUUUGACAGCUGCGAAACAGAAAAUGUAUAGCGCAUAGAUGGUCCGGGAGCCCAUGCCGCUCCAAGGCAACUGCGCUAUCGCAAGGAAUGGGACGCAGCAUGGCCUUUUAUAGUCUGAGAAUGCCCUCGUAAAUUUUGGGCCACUUGGAGGACACAGAAAUACCAUCUGAGGGAAAUAAUUAGCUUUUUAUUGCACACGAUCCUGGGAUUUUAGGGGGCAUGCACCGCGCGUUCUCGUUCCCAGUGACUGUGGAGCGCAGUCGGACCAAGGAGCGCCUGGAGGCGAGUCUGGCGGGGCUGUGUGAGCUGGAGCUCCGCAGGCAGAGGCAGGAGUGUCUGGUGCUGGGAGCGCUGGCUCUGGGAGACCCUCUGGAGCAGGACGGCUCCAGAGGAGAGCUGGCGUGUUUCAGUAGCUGGGGACAAGAAAACUUAACGCUCAGGCGACAGCUGAGUGCUCUUCAGAGUUCCCCAUGGGGCCUAAUGCAGGCGCUGGAACAGCAGGUGGGAGAGCUGAGGAUCGACACCGACGACGGCUGCUGUGAUGGUGGAGGUCUAGGAGACACUGGCGACAGCCGGCCCAGCUCUGGUUUCUAUGAGUCAAGUGAGGGACAGUCACCAAAAGGGAAAUGUUGCUCCACUGAGCCUGCAGAGACCGUCUCCCCCUGGGCUUACACCAAUGACAGGCCAAAGUCUGUGGGAGACCCCCUGAUGCUGAAUGGAGAUUUUGAUGUGCCAGCUCCACGCUCCACCCUGCCUCGCUCUUUCUCUGCCCCUUACCCACCUCUGGAGGGGAUCGCUGAGGAGGUCACGGCUGCAGACUCCUGGCAGUGGGACCCCAGUGGAGCCAACCAGGCUUGGCAGCAGCAGUCUGCACAGGACCAGGUCACAGAGGAGGGCUACCAGCAGGCUUUGAAGGUGGAGGGUUACAUCCUAGGUCUCAUCCAGCGCCAUACCCUCUCACCACGUCCAUGUCAGCCUCGCACCACCCUGAACCCUGACCCCCCAUACUGCAGCGCCUCAGGACACGGCUCCCUACACAGGAGAACUCCUUCUCUAACCUCUGAGCAGCGCCUUCCUGACCCCCAUCUUCAGCCCCAUGUUGACCUUUCGGCAAACCCUAAGAGCCAGGGAUGGGGUUGUGACCCCCUAGAGGGGGAGGCCUGUGGUGGAGAGGCCCCUUCCCUGGAGGAGGACUGCUAUUUGGCUCUGCCCUACCCCCAGUCCAGGCCACACUCCCUGGCUGGGAGACUACCAUCACCUCUGCCCUCUCUGGACCCAAACUGUGGUGUUGGGGCUCUUGACCCCUGUUGUGAACCCCCUUCCCCCCAACAUUAUCUACAUCCACAACCCCCUAUUCAUCGCAUGCACAAUUUAGUAAGUGCUCAGUAUAUCCCUGGACAAGCCUGUCAUGCCCCUGUGCGCUCCCCCAGACACUACCACCCAGAGCAGCCUAAGCCCAGCCGAGUUGCCACCUCUCCUGACCACCCCAACUCCAAGUCCAGAACAUCUAAGAAAAGUCACAAUGAGCGACAGAGGUCUAAGAAAUCAAGCAGCAAAGCUGGUCGAUCCCAGUCAGAAAACAGCCUCCUGGGUCAGCGAGUGCUCCCUGAGAGGAGGUACAGCACCACAGAGAGGCACCAAGGCAGAGGGGAUCCUGCUCAGAACCAAAGCCAGGCCGCUGGACCACAGAUGGGCAACAACAGCCACAACGGGAGCCGACGCUGGUGCUCCAACCUGGAGCUCAGCCAGGACGAGGGAGAGGCCCACGCAGGCCAGGUUCAUAGACGACCACCUCGAAAAGCUCGCCAUGGUCAUUCUUGUUCCCAUUCCCAACCCCAGAGCUACCAGCAGCAGCAGCGCUGGCACCCAGACUUUCAGGAAAGAGCGCCUCUCUGUCAGGGAGAGGAGGGCUACGCCGGUGCCGCCCCAGCAGAGUCUGAGUCUAGCAUGAGUGAGGUUUAUUCUCCUGCCUCCAGCUCACUGUCCAGCGACUCAGACGAGAGUGGGGGGCUGGUUUGGCCCCAGCAGUUGCCACCACGUCUUGCUUCUACCUCCUCCUCAUCCUCUCCUUCACCGCAAGCUAAUGCUAACACCCCAUCCCAACCGAAAGCCUUCGUGAAGAUCAAAGCCUCCCACGCUCUCAAAAAGAAGAUUCUCAGAUUCCGCUCAGGGUCCCUCAAAGUCAUGACGACUGUGUGAGCAAAUGAUCAAACCAGUUUCAAGCUCAUAACCCAAACCAUUGUCAGAGCAGCACGGUGACUUUUACUUUAGGCCACAAAUCAAAUUUCAAAUAACAGAUCCUGUCUUUAUAUUCAACCUACCUCUAACGGCAGUAUGUUCUUAAAGAGAUGCAUUGACAUUAAUGAGCACGAUUAAAGAUCUAGUUAGAGAUUCUUUAUCUGAUGUGUCUGGUUGACAACCAGCUGACACUAGACUAAUGGGUGUUCUCCGGUUCUAAUGGAUGAUAAUUGAUGCCAAGCUACACUGUGUUGACACGGACGGCAUUGAGGCUAAGUGACUGAAUACGCUGCCAGUUUUUUUCUUAAUGUCUGUUGGUCUUGUAGUUAAUUAAUCAGAGACUUGUGGUUAAUUAAUUCCAAGACUCUGGAGUUGGCAAAGUACAAAUCCAUGCCACUGAUGUUUCAAACAAUUUUAGACUGUUUUUGAUUGUGACCAAUACAUCUCCAAAAGCUUCUUUUAUUGCCACAUAUCAGUACUAUAGAAAUAAGAUAAAUGCACAGACUUCUUUAAGAAUUUCAGGUUGAUUUGCUUUCUCUUUUGCAAGUACAAUGUAUCCUAAUAAAUAAAACUAUGGAAUUUGACACUAUUAUAAGUAAAGCAGGAUUUUUCUCUGAAGUAAACCCAAGUUAUUUAAUUUAAUAUCCACUUAUUAGUGGAAGAUUUAUUCUUAAAAUGUCACAUUUUGCAUAAUUAGGUGGCCUGUUUUGCUGACCAACAGUCUUGUCUACAUCAGUUAAAUGAACUGAAAAUGUAGCAAAAGAAUGUUUCUCCAUUCACAUGAGUCAGUACUAAUCUAAAUGGUUCUUUCCUAGAAACAUCUUGGAAACUAUUCAGAAAUGAUUAGAAUAUUAGUCUGAAAUUACACAAAAAUUAAUAGAGCACUAACUAAAAUAUUUUGGCGUGUGACACCAUCAAUGGUUCAUCCUAUAGAAAAAUUUUCCUUUGAUGGAGUUAACAAAUGUGCGUUUACAGUUGGUUACCUUACAGUGUCAAACUAAUGGGCUGAGCAGGGAAUCGGUGUUUAUUUUUAGAAAUGAACAUGCUCGGAUCUGCCUCUGAGUAAACCUUGGAUUCACACUGAAGUGAACUGUCCACUACCUCUCUUCUGCAGCCAGCUGCUUUUGGGACCGAUGAGCAUGAAUAACUGUGUGAGUCAGGGAUGGGUUUAGUGAGGCCAUACUAAGGGACCAGUGUACAUUCAUGCAUGCGUAUACUUUUUUAUGUUUACAGUUUUAAUAAAACACAAUGACACCAACUAACACACUCUGUAAAUAGAUAUGAUUUUGUAUAUACCAUCAUGUGGCCUUGUUUUGGAAUGAAUGUAGCUUGUAAAUAAAGACAAUUUUCUCUCA